AUGCAGCUGCUGUUGGCGGUUGUUCUUGCAGCAGGGGUGUUCUUUGCCGUACCUCGAGGGGUAACCGUGGGGAGCAUCCAGGUUCGCUCCAGCCGUAUGUCCUUCAACGCCAGCAAGUCGACGUAUCAGAUCAUCCUCACGGCCACCAUCCCCAUCUUCAACCCGAAUUACAUGCCGGUUCAGGUCAGCGGCAGUCUGGUGGUUUCAUUCUACGAUCAGCAAGCUGGUGUCACGGGGCUAGAUCCAGUUAACGUGCCCGCCAGGGCGUUUCCGAAGAUCAUCACGGUGGACAUGGAUGCGAGCAGCGUACCCCAGGAGUACGUCUUCACAAUAUACACCCAUUGCACCACAUUUCCCAUGGAAACUAUUUUCUUCCUCACAGGCAAACUCCAGUCUAAAUAUCUGGGCGGGCUGUUUCACAUCCCAGACAUCGACAAUUACUUCAUCAUCUCAUGCACAAGCCCGCCCGAUCGAAAAUCAGAACCACCGCGCCUGCCGACACGGCCCGCCAAGCCGCCACGGCUGCCCCCUAGGCCUCCGAAACCACCCAGGUUCGAGUCCAGUGCGGCCGGUGUUGAGGAGGAGCAGCCCAGAGGGAGCGAAGAUUGGACGGAAGAUGUGGUGGUUUAG